CCCGCGCCAGACCAGUUGCGGUAAUACGAGAUACGAACUCGAGAAAAUGGAUACGAACAGGUAAACAACGAAUACGAAGCCGUUCGAAUAUAUAAAUUGCCCAACUACUCACCAUGACCUUCUUUCAUCAACUUCCUCAACCUCGGCUUCUCUGAUCCGAUAUGACAGCUUCAACUCUUCUUACAAGAGACUACGAGUCAUACCAUUUCUACAAGUAUGAUCCCUCUCUCGCCGCCGCAAUCAUCUUUACAAUCUUCUUCAUCCCCACAACCGCAUACCACACCUGGCAACUCCACCAAACUCGACGUCUUGGGCCUCGCGCCUGGUAUCUCCUCCCUCUCGUCGUUGGUGCAUUUUUCGAGGUAAUCGGAUAUGCCGCCCGCUCCUCCUCCACUCAGAAACCAUAUGGUACAGGCGCGAUGAUGCCGUAUAUCAUUCAGUCGUUAUUCAUCUUACUCGCGCCUUCGCUGUUCGCCGCGACGAUCUACAUGUUACUCGGACGUCUCAUCAUUGCGCUCAAGGCACAGAAGUUGAGCUUGGUCCCAGUGAGAUGGUUAACCAAGAUCUUUGUCGUUGGUGAUGUGAUUUCAUUCUUGAUGCAAGGUGGUGGAGGGGGUAUCCAGGCUCAAGCUAGGACGGAUCCCGAUAACUACGACCGUGGUGCAAAGAUCAUUCUUGGAGGGUUGUUCGUGCAGCUUAUUUUCUUUGGACUUUUCGUCGUCGUUACUGGACUCUUUCACCAUCGACUCAACAAACAAGCCUACGCCCCCGCUCCUGCCCGCAAACUUCUUUGCUCUCUCUACCUCACCUCGGGUCUCAUCCUCAUCCGAUCCAUCUUCAGGAUCGCGGAGUAUGCACAGGGCAGCGACGGCUACCUCAUUUCUCACGAGGUGUUCUUGUAUCUCUUUGAUGGAUUGUGCAUGUUUGGAGUUCUGGUUUCGUUUAAUUGGUUGCAUCCCACGAGUAUGUUUCGGGAUCUUGCGGAUGGGAAUGGAGUAGGUACUUUGGAGAUGGUGGGGAGUGAGAGUGCGUUGACUUAUAAGAAGGAUGCCAGUCAACACAUACUAGUGAUACCUUACGUACCUUAG